GGCAUUUCCUGCAGCAGCAGCUGCGUGAGGGCGUUGCGCGGCAUCUCGGGGCGCGAGGCGAGCUGCCGUCGUCCGUGUAGAGGAUGGCGCCGCGCGAGUCCAGCACGCGCAUCGCCUCGGAGCAGUCGCCCAAAGCGGCUUGGAAGGCGUCCCAGAGCCCGCACUUGCGCAGCACGGCCUGCCCGGACUCGGCGUGCAGGUCCAGCAUCCCUGACGGCAGGGCCAGCGAUUCGGCAGGGCCAGCGAUUCGGCUGUGGGUUUGUUGCGCCGCUCGUAGACGGCCGCGGGAAUGCCGCGGCGGUGGAGCUGCAGGCCCAGUGCUAGCCCUGCAGGCCCGCCACCGACGAUGGCGAUGCGCGGUUGGAACGGGGGCCUGGACAUUUUGCAAUUGUGGAGGAAAACAAGGUCAGAGGUUGCUUUGCAUCGAAUUUCUGGCGCCUCGAUCUGCCUGUUGCUUGCUGUCCCGCAUAGCUUCUCUUCUCUCUCUUUAUACACGCGAUUUUGUUUUUCUCUGUCGCCAUUUCGAGGUCUGGUGGACUCGAUUCGAGCGUUUCCAGACCCCGCCGCCCCUGAAGAUCGGCCCCUAUCCGUCCCGACACGCUAACAUCGGCCGCGCAUACCCCUGUAUUUUUGUGCAAGCCUCAGCCGCGGGGUCCGAGCCGGGGAACGGCUCCUGCCGUCUUCGCUGGGCAUACUCCUGUGCCGGGGUACUCUAGCAAUAGCUAUAAUUAAUUACAUUCUAGGGGUGCCGGGGUACUCUAGUAAUAGCUAUAAUUAAUUACAUUCUGGCGGACAUGGGAUUUUUUGCCAAACUCGCCGUUCAGCAUAGGCAAAUCCUACAUCGGACCUUAAUUCUGAUGGGCGGUGAAUUUGAGAGGAUCGUUGGACGCCCAAUGCCUGUCGGUCUCGGAUUCUGGUUAGCCAACAUCGGACUUGGUCGGGGCAUUCAUUCUCUAGCGGAAUUCAACCACGAAGACCGCGGGGAU